GUUCACAUCUACAAGAGACUAAAAUGUCACGAUUUCGAUCUGCUUUAGGUAAACAUCUAAACUAAUCAGAACGGCUGAAUGUACUUACUGUUCACAUCGCUAGUGUUGUUCAAUUGUGUUCGAAGAAACGGAGUCUGGUCAGAACAGCUGAAAAAAGGAGUUCAGAUUGGAGGAUUUAGUUCUGCUGGUGCAAUAGUCUCCAGAAUGGCGAGUACAUGGAAGGAGAAAGAUCCUGCUGAGAAUGCUGAUCCCGAGCUUCUAAACAAAGCAAGAGAAAAUCCCAAAGAUAUGAAAGAAGAUGAUUGGGCUCAACUUCUUACCAGCAUGCAGUAUCAGGUAGCUCGAGGACAUGGAACAGAAAGAGCAUGGACAGGACUUUACAACGAUAACAAAGAAAAAGGAAUGUAUAAAUGUGUUUGCUGCAACGCUGACCUUUUUCCAUCAAAUUACAAAUUUGAUUCGGGCUCCGGUUGGCCUUCUUUUUAUGAUACCUUAAAAAUUGAUAAGAGUGAUAAUAUUGAGCGCAUUACGGACAACAGUCACGGUAUGUCGCGCACUGAAGUUAGAUGUAAGCGCUGUGACGCACAUCUGGGUCAUGUGUUCAAUGAUGGUCCUGGACCCACUGGUCUGCGCUACUGUAUCAACAGCGCCUCCUUGAACUUCGAGGGAGAGAACAAGGAGAAGAAGGAGAAAGAGGAAUUAUAAUGGAAAGGAUGAUAAGGGGAACCAUAAAGAAGUCAAGCGGGCAGCUGUUAAAUCGACGCAUCACACUUUUAAUUUGAUUUUAGUCCAUUUGUUAUUUUGUUUAAUUAAUUAUUAUUUCCGAGAUCAUGAAUUUUUCUUUAAUAUCUACUCUCAUACCCUCCUCCCUUUAUCUCGAGUUCCUUAAUAACUUAAUUGUUUUUCAUUGAGACUCUUUCCAACUAAUUGUACAAUUACACUUAUCCAAAAUUUCCGUACUGCAAGUAAUUAUGUGAAUUAGUAAGAAGAAUUAAAAUUCUAUUAAUAUUUAACCUUGAAAACGAAUCAGAA